AUGAACCGUCCCUCCGCAUCUCGGGCCCGAGUCCGGUCCGAGCCCAUCAAGCAUAAGCGGACCCGCUCCGGGUGUCUCAAUUGCAGACGCAAGAAGCGUAAAUGCGAUGAGAGCCGGCCGGCCUGCGGAACUUGUCGUCGUCGCAAUGAGUCUUGCGAAUGGGGGCUGAAGAUAGCGUUUCGAGCCGAGCAUGCUCAAUGUUUAAAUGCGCGGCAUCCUUCGAUGCGGAAGAUGGCGAGGAGGAGGCAGCCAAGGGAGUUUGAGAUUCUGGAUGUGACGGAUGAAGUCAUUCGUGAUUACAACGGUGCUGAGACAGAGGAGGAGGAUAACGAGACUAGUGAUGAUCGUGCGCGGACAAACACUUCUGGUCGCUCAAAUCUCAUUGUUGGCGCGAGACCUCGCGCCGCAAACAAUACACCAAGUGGCUAUGUCUCUAUACAGCGACCGCCGGUAGUCGACAUCUCCUCACCGACAUCACAGCGCCAGACCGAAAACGCCGUAGCCGACCUACUUUACUUCAGCCAAAACGGGCAAUCUCAUUCCUCAGUCGACAUUGAUCCUACUCUGCAGGUUUCCAUGGAGGCGGUCCCAAUUGACAUGAUAGCAGACUAUCCUUACAUUGACCAGAUGCAAGCAUUUACCCCUGAGGGCAUCUCCGAAGACGGAAUCUUCUUGCCAGGCUCUGCAUACCACGAGUUACACUCGACACUCCGUAAUCACCUCAUCCAAGAGACGCGGUCAAUUGCUCCAACAAGAUCAACAACGCCGCAUAUAGAGGUUGAAAGCUCAGGCGGCGUCUCCUUGGAAGAGACCGAGGUCACAAUCCCAUUACAAGAAUUUCAGCCCUCGCAGACACCCCUGCUCUCUCAGCAAGAGGAAUGCUCGCUAUGGAAGAACUACUUUGACGAAAUCGCCCCUUGGCUCGACAAGUUCGACCGAGACCGUCAUUUCCAGCAGAUUAUCCCUACAAUGAGCAAAGAAAAUGACCACUUAAGAUACUCAAUGCUGGCCCUCUCAGCAAGACAACUCGAACUUAAGCAUACACUACCGACGAAUCGCAGCCUCGCCCUCUAUCAAGAAGCCAUUCAUAUGCUCCUCCCACAUUUGCCGACCCGCGGAACAGCUGUCAUCGCCACGUGUGUUAUCCUUUGCGUGCUGGAGAUGUUGAGCUGUUCGCCAAAGGCAUGGCAACGCCAUCUCGAUGGCUGUGCGAGUCUCAUGGAAGCUGUUGGCAUCAAUGGGUUCGUAGGAGGGACAGAGCAAGCCUUGUUCUGGUGCUUCGCGCGUAUGGAUAUCUGCGGUGGACUCAUAUCGUCAGUCAAGACUCUCAUUCCUAUCUGCCAUUGGGCGUCCAAGACGUUGUCGAUCGAAAACGAUGUCGAGCUUUUCAAAAACGCUCCAACGUUUGAGGACUGGGCAAACUAUGCUGUGUACCUUACGGCUCAAGUCCUGGAUCUGUUAGCCGCCUCCCCUACUGAUCCAACUCGCGACGAAGCCAAGUUCCGGACUCGAUGGCUCAAGUUGUGGAAGUAUAUCUCUGAAUGGUACCAAGAGCGCCCGGCUCCAUUGCAUCCCAUCAUGACAAUCCCUUCGAGCGAGUCCUCCCCAUUUCCAACGAUUUUGUACUCGAACCCUGCUGCCAUGUCAGGGAAUCAAAUGCAUCACGCAGCAUCGAUUCUUAUGCUACAGAACCAACCAUCGACAGUACGGCUAGGUCAUGCUUCCAAACCAAGAAGUAUCCUUUGGCAUGCAAGACAGGUAUGUGGCAUAAGUAUGUCGAAUGAGCAUCACGGGGCAUGGACGAAUAGCGUGCAACCACUUUGGAUUGCUGGAAGAUGCAUGAGCCAUCCAAGUGAGCAUAAAGCGAUCUUGGAAAUGUUGGACCGAAUCGAAAGGGAGAGUGGCUGGAGUACAAAAUGGAGAGUCGACGAUCUGAAGGAAUUCUACAAAUGCUCCUUGUCAACUGUAUGA